UUUUGUAUCUGCUUCAGAGCGGAUUGAACCGCCAAGUGGAUAUGAGUAGUCUAUGAUGUGGCUUGCAGUCGUAUUACUUUAAACAAAGUUUAUAUUCUGAUAUAUGUGACGGGAACACAAGAUUAUAAGAGCGACGUACGAAGAAAAAAACUACGGCCACUGUGGCAACGACAUGUACACUGAAAUGGCAGUUACCUGCCCCCUAUAAAGGGUAGGCUUUUGCUUGUGGGUUUUUUUCCACGCUUCAGGACGAGUAGCCACAUUGUAACUGAGUUGCGUAGUUCACAGAAGCCCCAUGUUUUCGCCGAACCAAGAGGAGCACUGCGCCCCCACUAAAGAGCCAGUGAAGUAUGGAGAGCUGGUGGUUUUGGGGUACAACGGGUCCCUGCCCAACGGAGACCGGGGCCGGCGGAAAAGCCGCUUCGCCCUGUACCGGCGGACCAAGGCCAACGGCGUCAAGCCCAGCACCGUUCACAUCCUCAACUCUCCGCAGGCCAGCAAGGCGGUGAGCUGCAGGGGGCAGCACAGCAUCUCCUACACUCUGUCCCGGAACCAGACGGUGGUGGUGGAGUACUGCCAUGACAAAGACACGGACAUGUUCCAGAUCGGGCGGUCGACGGAGAGCCCCAUCGACUUCGUGGUGACGGACACGGUGUCGGGGAGCCAGGGGGGCGAGGAGACCCCCAUCACGCAGAGCACCAUCUCCCGCUUCGCCUGCCGGGUGGUGUGCGAGCGCAGCCCGCCCUACACCGCCCGCAUCUACGCCGCCGGCUUCGACUCCUCCAAAAACAUCUUCCUGGGGGAAAAAGCGGCCAAGUGGAAGAACCCGGACGGUCACAUGGACGGGCUGACGACCAAUGGCGUGCUGGUGAUGCACCCGAGGGGCGGGUUCACGGAGGAGUCCAAGCCCGGCGUGUGGAGGGAGAUCUCGGUCUGCGGGGACGUCUACACCCUGAGGGAGACCCGGUCUGCGCAGACGCGUGGCAAGCUGGUGAGCACGGCUGCAGAGGCUGCAGGGGCCCAGGUGGACAGCGAGAGCAACGUGCUGCAGGACGGCUCGCUGGUGGACCUGUGCGGGGCCACGCUGCUGUGGCGCACGGCCGACGGGCUCUUCCACACGCCCACGCAGAAGCACCUGGAGGCGCUGCGGCAGGAGAUCAACGCGGCGCGGCCCCAGUGCCCCGUGGGCCUCAACACGCUGGCCUUCCCCAGCAUGCAGCGCAGCCGCGCCCUGGGCUCGCUGGAGGACAAGCAGCCCUGGGUCUACCUGGCCUGCGGCCACGUGCACGGCUACCACAACUGGGGCCACCGCUCGGAGCAGGAGCCCAACGCCCAGCGCGAGUGCCCCAUGUGCCGGGCGGUGGGGCCCUACGUGCCCCUGUGGCUGGGCUGCGAGCCGGCCUUCUACGUGGACACGGGCGCGCCCACGCACGCCUUCGUGCCCUGCGGGCACGUCUGCUCGGAGAAGUCGGCCAAGUACUGGGCGGAGAUCCCGCUGCCGCACGGCACGCACGCCUUCCACGCCGCCUGCCCCUUCUGCGCCGCGCCGCUCAGCCUCACGCAGGGCUGCGCCAAGCUCAUCUUCCAGGGGCCCAUCGACUGAGGGGGGUUGGGUGGGGUGGGGCGGGGCGGGGUGGGAGAGGGAGGGAGGGUGGGGGCGCACUGUGAAGCUCGAGCUUAGAUUUUCCGCCAACCGCGUCUCGCCGUCGUUCUUUUUACCGCGUCUCGGGAGGAGAUGCCUUCGCCCCUUGGCGUGCUGCUGCAAGACCAACCGCGGGUCUGUAGAGGCGGACUCGGUCAGCCGUGAGGGGGUGUAAUCUUUAGACGUUGGCCUCUACCCCCCCCCCCCCCUUCCUCCUCCCUCACUCGCAUACUCUCCAUUCCAGAGCUUCCACGCCGUCCGCUCUCACAGAACCCAUCGGGCUCAGAGCGGACCCAGGGCGAGGGACAACGCUUCCUCCGCGGGGACACUCCUCUUUUAACCACACCCGACAGAGCUUUUAACCGACUUCAGCAUCCACAGCAUUCUUAGUGUUCCUCACAUUACUCACAUAGAAAGGCUAACGCUAGGGACGACACAUUUCGCAUUACUAGCCCCCCAAACUCAAUGGGCGGCGAGCGGGGGGGGGGAUGCCGUGCUGUGUGCCCUGUGGUUCCCUGUCUCCUUUCUCAGAAGCGCGGUGGGGCUUGUGAUCUUACACGGCUAGACAGCUGGACUGUUGUCUGGGAGGAAGACAAAAGGGGCCGGGGCCAGGGAGGGGGUUGUGGGUAACUGGUUAACUGCUCCCCACUGGUCCCAGAACUCUUGAUUGGUGAGAGCAGCUGGAACGUGUAGCAGCACAGAGGUCAGCUGGAGGUCAGGGCGUAUCCAGCUGUGGGCUUGGGGAACAUCUUGCCGUUUCUGAUUUUUAAUUAGAUUUUUCUUUUUUUUUGUCUUGAAUAUUGUAUAAAGUUGGAUUCCAGUGCCUGGGGUCCCAGCCAGUCCCUGGGAAUAUUUUUACCAGAUGGAACAAAAAUACUAUUUUAAUGAGAGGGGAGGGUGGGGUUUACAUACAAAAGAAAAAAAAAAUGAAAUUCACGUAAUUUUUUUCCUCUUUCUUGCAAAGGAAUAUUUUACUACACUGAGGCCCUUGUACAGUUUUCUAAUUUAAAUGAUGUUAAUAUAUUUUCUCUUAAAUACCAUUUUGUGCAUGUGGAUUUGCACAUGCGGGUGUGUUUGCAUGUACAAGAGUGGCUGUCCAUUGGUUCUCCCAGGCAAGUUCUUUCUUUGAUUUCCCCCUUCCGAACUAGGACAAAAUGAUAAUUUUAUGAUCCUGUUGUUUUUUAAAAUGAUAAACUGCAAUAAGAAGCCACAGGGUGAAACCUGUGGGACGUGACGAUGAAUGUAUUUAAAAUACGCAAGUUUUUACCGAUCUCUGGUGCUCUUUCUCUAAGCGAGUUUUUACUUUAAUCCUGUCUAUCUCAAUUGAAUCGCUAGUUUCAGUUGGCUUUCCCUGUGGAGAACAGACAGCGCCAGUCGUGCAUUCAGCCACACCCGCAUGCCAACCUCGGUAUACACACACACACACACACACACACACACACACGCAAAUAGCCCCUCUCACUGUGUUUAACUUGCACUGUUGAUUUCUAAGCUUUAUUUUCUUGCUGUGUUUCAUCACAAGGUCUUCACGGUCCUAACGAGGGGCACAGUCUGCUGUCAAAAGGGCUCAUACCAAAUACUAGUUUUCUUUCUUUUUAGUCAAGUUACUGAGGAGUACCGGUUACACAAGCCUCUCUGUCGGCCUGCCAUUAGCGUUUCCUCUUUCCGAACCGUUUCUUGCGUUUAAAGGUACUAAUUUUAGUAAAUGAGGGGCACCAAAGGCAGUGUCAUGGGAGCCCAGGCUUGGCGCUGUUCAAACCAAAGUUUAUCAGCCAAGAAAGGUGCUCCAUCCCUCCCUGUGAAGAAGGACAGAAUCCAUAUUCUAUUAAUCAGGCAUAACUUUGAUAGAUAAGCCCAUUCAAGCUUUUUGACAAACAUUUUCUUUUUGUAUUCCCCUUGCAUGUAUCACAGUGAGUGCCACUGUGACCCUUGUUGACCCCACGAUUGGACUUGUCCUUAUCCCAGACCUGUGGGCUGAAGGGGGAGGGCUUCUGUGGGAGAUAUCCCACGUGGUUCGGGUGCAGUCCUGUGUCUCGUAAGAGGAUCGUGGGAAAUGGCGAAUGCUUCCGCCGUGGAGCUGCAGUUUCACAGACCCACUGCUGUUCUGUUCUGCAGCCAUGUGCACCCACAAGCCAGUAACAACCUGACUGCCCCGGACGGUCUAACCCAGCGGUCUGCAAAAAGAUGCUCGUGCAGCAGUUUCCCCAGACCGCGGUUAAACCAUGUGGCAAUAAGGACGAGAGAGGCAUUGUUUAACUUUAAGGAACUUCAGGAAUACGUGCGUGAGCAUGACAAAAUAGUCACGCGCGCUCUACACGUUUCCAAGCCGGCCCUGAACGCUUUGACUGUGCGCCCCCUUGGGACUGUGCCGGUGUGUCGUGCACAUGGCCAAAGCUGUGCAAACCUUUUUGAAUAUUUCCCUCCUACCGGACUGAAAGCAUGUACGGUGAUGAAACACGGGCAGCCCUGGUUUUUGUGAUUUCCUGGUUUUUAUGAAUAACACUUGAAUGCAGUGACGGCCGCGCGCUUCUCCUGUCAGGCAGAGGGGCGCGCUCUCAGGCCCCUUCGGCUAAACGGGGCGCUUCACGACUUCAGGUUAUGAGUGGUCAAAAGUUUACAGAUUUUUUCCAGAUUUUCUUUUUUUUUUUUUUUAUUGUGCUGGUGGGCUUUAUAAUUCCCAUAAACUCUGCAGGAGCUUCGCCCCGGGGGGGCCGCAGUGGCCCCGCCCCUUUUCCCCCAACAGGAAAUCGACGCGUUUUUGGGUGCGCGAAGCCAAAGGUUGUAGAGUUGAUUUAGCGCUAUGUUCAUGGGGGGGAAGUCGACGGGCUCUGUACGUGUUUGGACGCGGGGGGCUGAGAGAGAGGGAGGUUUCUCAGCCCCACACUGUGAAGCGUCACGAGCGGACUGCCUGUGGAGCUGCCAUCUCACGCUUCAGUAAAGAAUCAGGAAGACCCUCCAGCUUCAGGGGCUUACGCACUCUAGUCCAGGCAGAGGUUAGAGUGAAACCCUUUCUCGGUCGGUAAAGACACAAAUUUGGAAUUGGACUAGGAAACGAUGUGUGCUCACAUGCAGUUUAGAACGAUGACUGCUCGUGGUCAGUUGUAACGACUUCCCCCCCCGGAGUUUUUAAGUGAUGUCCUGAAGGCGAGGCCAAAUACUGCUAAACACUACAAACGGGACGGCGGAGUAUGUACGGUCCCGAGAAGAGAUGGCAGCCCACCCUGACCUUCCCUCGGUGGGGGUGGGUUUGUCUACCCCCCCCCCCAGUCUCACUGUGUCUGCACCUCCCUGUUUUACAUUCCUCAGCUGAGAGCUGGGGCCGGUCCUCCCAUCACCAGGGGGCGCUGCCACUGCAUUUGUGCUGAACCUCUGUAAGAUCACAGGGUGCACAGACACUCUCGAAGCCUACUUUACUAAAAAUAAAUACAUUUUAAAAUUUU